UGGAAAUAAACGAUUGAUUUUUAAGUUCAAUUCGGGUAAAAUGACGGUUCGAGUUGAGUAAAUUUAAAGAAUUUAUCCCGUAAGUAAUACAAUUCAUGGACUUCUGUUCUCAUUUUUUUUCUAUCCUGAAAACUGGCACUGCUUGUUAAAAAUAGGCUGGAUUAUAAAAAAAUCAGUGUUCCACCUGGGAGUUUUGAUGUAAUUUCCGUGACAAGAAGGAUGUUCAGAAACCCAAAACUUUUCCACUAACAUGCGUCAGUUGACACAAAGGCUCACAAUUUUCCUUUCACCAACUCAAACACAGCGUGAAAUAUUGUUCUAUGCGGAGGGAUGUAAUAUUGCGCGACGAAUAUAGCUCAAAAUUCGUGUGUUUGUUUGAAGUGGUCAAUUGAGAUCCGCCGCGCGAUUGUGAUAUAAAAUAAAAACCGCAUCAUCAUUUUCUCUGCUCUGGGGCUGAUUUGACGUAAAAAAUAUGAAAUCUGGCCACCGAUGAGAAAAAAUACCCACAAAGGCGGACAACAAAGGCAGAGUCCUCAUGCAGCUCGAUCAGGUCGCCGCCGCCGCUGCCAUGGGUGGAAUUAAAUUCAGAAAUACAUAUUUGUUGUGCGUUGCGUCCUUUGUGUUACCAUAUAAUAAUGAUGAUGCUUCGGGCCCAGGGUUCAUUUGGCCGAUGACAACAGGAGGUAGAUGGAUAUAAUGUGUUUAAUAAUCCAUCCUGUGCUUCGGAUGGAAAUAUGAAAAGUUGUCCUUCGCUUGUUUUUCUCCCCAUCUGCUCGUUCGAGAGUUGUUUUUCUAUCACACACACACAGACAGCACAUAUUAAGCGCGCGGACCUCUCCUUCGAUCCCAUCCACCUAUUGAAAUAUGAAAAUAUGACAAACGGUAUAAAAAAUACUGUUCCCUGCCCCAACGGUGAUGCGCACAAUGCGGCCCAUUAUCGAGUGAUACUGCAUUAUGCACGCCUACUUGGGGCUGCUUUUUGUGGCCCCAAUUUUGAGCUGACAGCCAUUAGCCGGCGGACUCGAACGCGAUGCAUCUCUGAAAAUCAUCAGCCGUCGCCGUCACUUACGCUAUCGCUCCAUCGCCGCGGCGAAAGACACUUUGCCUCAAAAUCGCAUUCCAAAAUCAGCCUUUUAAUGACUCCGCGCCACGACUUGACAUUUUUCGUCGAAAGGCCCCGCGGACAUCGGAGCGUGUGUGAGUGUGUAUCGCGAGCUAUUAUUUUCGCUGACGCUGGUCCUCUUGUAAAAAGUGGCCUGUUUUUUAGAUUAUUAUACACUGCUCGUGAGUGUGUGUGUGUGUAUAAUGCGAUCCGUCGCUUUUGGGUGGUUUCUGCGUGCUGUCUGUCGUCUCAGGAAUGCCUCAUGCAAAUUUCAAAAGCCGAGAGACAAGACGCGCCGAUCAGCAGCUUUUUGUUCACCGUUAAAGGAUACAUUGUUGGAAGAAAUUCGGCGUUAAUGUGCAUUGUUCGUGGAUCGGGUGUCUCUUUAGUUUGGUUCGCAUGCAGCAGAGCCCAAUUUUAGAAUAACGACAAUAAAAGACACAUGCGGACGCCCCGAGCAGGACUUAUUUUUCAAUUUGACAAGUCACUUCUUCUUCUUCGUUUCCAAGGCCACCUUUUCUACUCCUAAGCCCGCGCUGGGCGUCGGUGGCCUCGUGGUUCAUGCGGCCGCCCGUCGGGCGGCCAGCCAACGGCCAGGCGAGUCCUCUGAACACGGCCAUCAGGUGCACAAUUCCCGGUUGUGGAUGCGACUGCUUCGUGCCCGGCAAGCAUCAGCUACGACAUUGCGAAUCAUGCAGACACGGCUGGGUGACCCAUGCUCUCGACAAAUUGGGACCCGGACACAUGGGACCGGUGGAGCCCGUUUCCGCGUCGGUGGCGUUCGACGUGGCCUCCUUGGUGUUGUACGGGUGCCAGGCGCUGCCGAUCAGACUCAAAAUUCUUCUAGACCGCGUCUUCUCCGUUCUGCAGCGCGACGAAGUGCUCCAGGUGCUUCACGGUUUCGGCUGGAGCCACGACGACUACUCCAGAGGGUACAUCCUACAGGACCCUCAAGGUGGCGUGUUGGAACGCUGGAACAUGUGCAGCCACGAGGAGGAGCCGCUCGUCCUGCAGCAGUUCCUUCGCUUCGGCGAAACCAGGGCAAUAACGCAACAGCUUCUGGCGCUGGACGUGCCUCCUCCCUUACCCCCACCAUCGCUGAGACCUCAUGCGUCGGACAUAAAGCGCUUCAUCGCGCAGACCCCCGUGCCGAGCAAGAAGCCCACCAUCGGCAGGGACCCCCUGGCGUUCCUGAAGGCGCCUCCCCCGGCGGCGGCGCCGCCAACGCCAGCCGCGUCGUCGCCGGCCAGCUCGGUGCCGAGCCCACUGUCCGUCUCACCGCUCAACCGACUGCAGAGUAUGCAGCCGCUCGACUUCCGCAAGUCUUGCAGCCCCGAACGCCGCGCCACGCCGUCGGCGGCGACGCGGAGGCCCUCCGAGGAGGCCAGCCUGCCCGCCUCCCUCCCCUUCCCACUGACCACCAGCAAAGUGGACGCGAAACAAGACUUCAGUUGCAGCGACUCGGAUGACGAGAACGCGGCCCUCAACCUCAGCAGGGACGCGUCGUCUGGCGGCGGGGCGAUGCGGCACGUCAAGCGUCAGUGGAGCCCCCUGGGCGCGACGCUGGUCAACCCGGCGACGGGCAAGAAGCGGGUGCAGUGCAGCGUGUGUCUGAAGACGUUCUGUGAUAAGGGCGCGCUCAAGAUCCACUUCUCGGCGGUGCACCUGCGCGAGAUGCACAAGUGCACGGUCGACGGCUGCAACAUGAUGUUCAGCUCGCGCCGCAGCCGCAACCGGCACAGCGCCAACCCCAACCCCAAGCUGCACUCGCCGCACCUGCGACGCAAGAUCUCGCCGCACGACGGACGCUCGGCCGGCGGGCACCACCUCCUGCUGCCGCCGCCACCGCUCCUGGGGCUCGCCUUCCCGCCACCCCACCACCUCUCGGCGGGCCCCAGGCUCGAGUUCUCCUCCGGAGGCUCCGUGUCCUCGGAGGAAGCGGGUCUCGGGGACAGCGACAGCGUCGAGGCGCCGGCCAAGCAGCGCAAGCGCAAGAACAUGCAUCCGACGCGCAUCACCGCACCGUCGAGUGACGACGACGACUGCGGCGUUGGCGGCGGUGACUCGAGCGCCGGCGACGACGAGGAUAUCAACCGGAACUCGACCGAGGGCAAGUGCAAAGAGGACAACUCCGUGGCGCUGCACUCGCUGCGGCACCUCGAGAAUUUCUCGUCCAACUUCGCUGGCUGAUCUCAAGCAGCUCUCUCUGGCUCUGUGUCGUACUGUACAAAGAGAAGAAAGAUGAGAAAAUCAAAAGCCCAUUUAUCAGCCCUCGCUCGGGCGUUUUAUUUGCCAGAUGGCCCUGGGUAUUUCUGUCCCGAGUCGACGGCGCCACUCGGCGCGGGCGGGCGGCCCACCCUGCCUUUGUUUACGCCACCAGUCACGUCCAGCCCGCGACACAUUCGAUGAGCAGCCACCUCCAACUCUAAACUCGCUCGGCGGCUCACUUUUCACGCAGUUUUAGACGCCGUUUACGAAAUAAAACUGCCGCUGCGUGCGUGCGAGCGAGAGAGCGUAUUUGUAUGUAUGUGCGUGUAUGUGUGUGCGUGUGUGUGUGCGAUGUGACGGUCGAGAUCGCUGCUGCAGCUAUACAUAUUGUGAGUGUGUGUUGGUACACUUUGGUGGUAGACAGACGCGCGCACCACCCCGACGCCAAGUCAUGCAUCAUGGACGGCAUAAGCAGGAUGACUUAAUAAUAAUGGCAUAUCAAUCUUAUCCACUCACUCUCUCGUUAUUAAUGGACGUGUCAGUAUCUUUCCCUGAUUUAAUGCGAUCGUCGUGCGUACAAACGUGCUGGUGACUUGCCCGAAGGAGGAUUGAAGAUUCUUUUUGUGUGGCUGCGAAUUCUCAGUAUUUAUUAUAUAAAUAUUGCAAUAUAUGAUGUACAUAAUAUAAUGCUUUUGACAUAAAUGAGACCGUGGACCGAAUGAAUGCUCAUAAAAGUUGAUCAAUACAUACA